UCGAUUUAUUCCGUGGAUUGGACCUGGCAUGAUGAACUUCGGUACCUUUUCAAUUCUGUUGGGCUGCCUUUUCACUUUUGGCCACUGUGUUUUCCCUCCUGGUUCUUGUGAUAAUUACACCAACAUUACGGAACCAUGGCGGAACUUUAGAUUUAAAUCAUCUUCCUUUCCCGGAUUUCCAAAGGAUGAUGCACAUCUCGUAGGGAAGUGGUUGCGUUUCACAGGGAUCGGAGGAGAACGAGUCCGCCGUGCAUGCACAGUAGGCGCAGGGGCUGGUAGCAAAUACGUGAUAACCAUGCCAUCUAAUCUUCUGUCUUACGAAUCACCAAAAGCAACUCUGUUGUAUGCAUAUCCUUAUGUUACUGCUUGCCAUUCAGUUUCGGUCAGGACGAAGAUUGACGUUGUCCUCUGUCCUGGAAAAUUCUACUUAUACAAACCAUACAGUCACCGACAGAGCAAUGCGACUUAUGCAACAUAUCAUUAUAUAUGUGAGACAGACUCAUGUGGACCCCUUGCUGAGUGCUCAGGGAGCGGAGGCUGUGAAUGUGUUUCUGGGUAUGAAAUCCCUCCUGAACACCUUCCUACUCAGUAUUCAUAUGGGUGUGCUGACAUUGAUGAGUGUGAGAGAUCUGAGAAAGUGUGCGAUCCUCUAUCAGAUUGUAAGAACACCAUCGGAUCAUUCCUCUGUGUCUGUUGGGAUGGAUAUGAAGCACAAAAUCCUAAAUUACCAACUGGGUUGUCCAACAAAUGUAUAGAUAUUGAUGAAUGCCUUGACACAAACAUCUGCGGCGAUCAUGGGGACUGUGCUAACAACCCUGGAAGUUACAUGUGUGAAUGCCAUAAAGGCUUCGACAAUGAACCUGACCCUAAAGCUGUUUGCCAAGACAUCGAUGAGUGUUUAAACGCCACUGUCUGUGGCCCUUACGCUGUGUGCACCAACAUACCUGGAGCUUUUACUUGUGCAUGCCAACAAGGAUUCAAACCAACUGACGCAGACGAGGAACCCGGAGUGACCAACAUCUGUAUUGAUAUUGACGAGUGUGUUGAAAAUGUCACCAUCUGUGGUCCUCGCGCCAACUGCACAAACCAAAUCGGAUCUCACAACUGCACCUGCGAGCCUGGUUAUCGGGGGAGAAACGCAGACAGGAUAGCAAGCAUUGCUAACCCAUGCACAGAUAUAGAUGAAUGCAUUGAGACAGCUGGUAUUUGUGGUAAACUAACUGUAUGCACUAAUGUUGAGGGGACCUUCUAUUGCUCUUGCCCUGAUGGACUCUACCCUUCAACGGGAAUCUUGUGGAUAGUUGGGGUCUCAUUUUGUCAAAGUCUUCAGGAUAUUUUGGAUGAGAUAAACCCCCCAGAGGGUCAGACGAAAGAAAGAGCUUUUCUUGGACACAUGGACACACAGCUGAAAGAGAAAGACUCCAUUUUACCAGUACCGACUGUGACAAACUGCUUCUCAGCAGUCAUGGAAGUGUCAGGCGUUGGACCCCGCAUCAAAUCAAGUAAUGUGAGUAGUGAAGGAGACGGGGAAACCGGCAGUUUUAUCCUGAGACUCUCAGACACUUUACUGUCUGCAGUAGUGGAGCAGGGUCAGAACCAAACAGAAAGAACUGUGACGACUCCUACCGUGGACUUAAGUGUCAGAACCAUUCUGCCUGGAAGCCAAAAUUCAGAGACCUCUGCUCUCUCAGCAAAUGGAAACACCAUGGAGAUCAACCUGGAAGAUAUGGCCAAAAAUAACAAUGGUUCUGCAGCAGCUGCCUUCAUGAUCUUAAAGGGGAUAGAGAGUCUCCUCAGUCAUCAAUACUUUGAAACAGAAAACUUGACAGAGAUGAACUCGGAUGUCAUCACGGCAGUCCUGCCCUUUAUGAACAACACCAACCUAACAGAGCCUGUCAACUUUACCAUCUAUCACAAGAAGAUAGUACCAGAAAAUGGUCUGGUGACCUGCGUGUACUGGGAGGACAAAACAGAGGAGAAGGAGGAAGGAAGAGAAGAAGGAGAGAAAAACAAGAUGAUGCGUUGGUCAGUGGAGGGCUGCCGGGUUGCGUACACAAGUGAAAACUACACAGUGUGCAGCUGCUCUCAUCUCUCCACAUUUGCCCUCAUCAUGCAGAUAGGAGAGCCUCCACCAGAGGAUCCUUUCCUUGAUUGGCUGAACCGGAUUUGUGUGAUUGUUGGACUUUUCUUCUUUGGUUUGGCUAUCUUCACCUUCCUCUUGUGUAGCUGGAACCCCAAGAUCAACAACACAGCCCGUCUUCACCUCUGCAUCAACCUUGCCUUGUCUCACCUGCUGCUGCUGUGGAAUGACAGAUACACUGACCAUGAGUUGGCCUGCACUGUCAUGGCAGGCCUUCUCCACUUCUUAGUCGUUGCAAGUUUUGUGUGGAUGCUGCUGGAAGCUCUGCAGCUUCACCUGUUGGUGCGAAGGCUCUCCAAGGUGCAGGUGAUCCAGAGAGACGGCCUUCCUAGGCCCCUUCUCUACAUGAUUGGCUACGGAGUUCCGUUUGUGAUUGUUGGUACUUCUGCACUGAUAUAUUCUGAUGGGUAUGGUGCCACGGAGGCAGAAGUGUGCUGGCUUUCAAGAAAGCGCAGUUUCAACUGGGCUUUAACUGGCCCUGUGAUUGCCGUCAUUGGACUUAAUUGGAUAUUGUUCUGUGCUACUCUUUGGAGUCUGAAACCCACCUUGGUCAACAUGAAAAGUGGUGUUUCUCAGUCCAAAGAAAUCAGGUUGGUUGUUUUCAAGAUCUUGGCUCAGUUUGUCAUAUUGGGUUGCACGUGGAUCCUGGGCCUGUACCAGACAAAUCUUUUCUUCCAGGUCCUCUUCAUAUUUCUUAACUCCCAACAAGGCACCUUCCUCUUCAUCGUCCACUGUGUGCUCAACAAAGAAGUGAGAGAGGAAUACAUUAAAUUUCUGACCUGCUCUUUCAAUAAGCAAAGAGAAGAAGGAUCCAUGAGACAAGCAUCCAUGUCGGAGGACUUGGACAAGGCUGAAGAAAAGAAGAAAUGAUGAAUGAAAUAAGAACCGAAUUCAGAAGAAUGAAGUGUAGAAAAGGACAGAAGAGAUCUUCUCUGAUCCACUAUUAAUUUUAUUUUAUUUUAGUUAUCAAUCUAUUUAGGGUAUUUUUCACACCCAACCAUGUUACAUAUAAUCACAGUGACAAAUGAUAACCAUGAAUAAUAAAGUAAUUUCCUUGUAUGUGUGCAUUAAAAAUAGUUUAAAGUAUUGCGUAGAAAAGAGUGAGCAUCAUUGAUUUUUGUUUCAUUGCUUCAAAUCAAUCAAAAGUGCUGAAAUAAAACGUAUCUCACCACACUUUACAAUCUUUUACUUUUUCUUUCUGAAUGUUUCUUUUGCACAAUUUCUUGAACAGAAUUUAGUUUGUGUUUUUCUUGAAUGUUUAUUUUUCA